AUAGCUUCCGGUUCCUGGGCGAGCUGGGUUCUCUUCUCGGCGCAGGAGCUACGCGGUGAGCGAGCUCGUGCUCCAGGCUAGGGGAGAAUGCUCGCUGCUACUUAGACUCGUUCGUAGAAAGAGGUUGGAAGCCAGGGAAAGGCCACCAGGGCCGCAGUGCGGUCGCCUACGGGUACGCCUGGGGCGCAGAGCCGGUCGGGACCUAGGCACGCUGCAGAACCUGUUAGGUUUAGAAUUACAGAAGUGGAGGGGCAGGAGAAAAGCGGUGACUUCUCCAUCUUUUAACCUUUAUGAAUGAUUAAGUCUCAGCUAAAGCCAGUUCGCGAGACUGUAUUGUGUAUAUAUGAUUUGUAUCAGGUAUGCAGAAAUUUUUCAAAAGCAGCAUGGCAAGAGUAGCCUAUUCUUGUACUCUUCCCGUUAUCUUUUGUGGUAUCUCACACGGUAGGCAGCACUUCCCCAACGCCAUCCGCUCAUUCUAAAUUUUUUUGUUUUUAUUUCAGUUAGUUGUGGUUUACUUUAGGAGUUAGUGGAGGUCUACUCGGUAAGAAAAUUUACCAAGGAGUUAUUACUUGAAACACUGAUAAAUCUUUUAUAUAGCUAUGAUGGCAUCCACUAACGAUACCAAGAUCUGUAAGAACCAAGAUGGACUUUUGGAAAUAAAAAUGGAGGAAGAGUGUAAGUAUACCACCAGACAAGUUAGGAACCUCCAAAAGAACACUUAUAACAGAGACGUCUUCCGAAAAUACUUCAGACAGUUUUGCUACCAGGAAACAUCUGGACCCCGGGAGGCUUUGAGCCGACUCCGGGAACUUUGCCAUCAGUGGUUGCGACCAGACAUGCACAGCAAGGAGCAGAUCCUGGAGCUGCUGGUGCUGGAACAGUUCUUGACCAUCCUGCCUGAGGAGCUGCAGGCCUGGGUGCAGGAGCAGAAUCCUGAGAGUGUGGAGGAGGUAGUGACUGUGCUGGAGGAUUUAGAGAGAGAACUAGAUGAACUAGGAUACCGGACCUCAGUCCAAAUUGAAAAGCAGGAAAUGUUGUUACGGGAGACGAAGCCUUUAGCAGCAGAGCAGAAACCCAGUGUGUCCCUUCAGUUUGUCAAAGCUAAGCCAGGGUGUGAACUUGCAGACGGUGAAGCCCAGGAGGAACAAGUUUCAGGUAUUGAGACUGGAAAUGAAUCCAGGAAUGUAACUCUAAAGCAAGGCCUCUGGGAAGGAAUGGAAGCAGAACAGAAUCCCUCUAGCAGAUUAGCAAAGGAUACGCUUAAGUGUGAAGAAACUCGUGACCCUAGAGAAGAGUCUUCUGGUAUUUCCCGUGAAGACAGCCAGCCACUGCGUAAUGAAAAUGUGGUAAAUUUGACUGAGAACUCAAACCACGCUGAACUCCAGAACAUCUGUCCAGGGCGAAAAGUGCAUGGAUGUGAUGAGUGUGGAAAGACUUUUAGUCAGCACUCCCGCCUCAUAGAGCAUAGAAGAAUCCACACUGGAGACAGGCCCUACAGAUGUGAAGAAUGUGGGAAAACUUUCCGAUGGAGGACUGUUCUUAUUCGACACAAGGUGGUACACACUGGAGAGAAACCAUAUAAAUGUAAUGAAUGUGGCAGGGCUUUUGGCCAGUGGUCAGCGCUUAACCAACAUCAGAGACUUCACUCGGGAGAAAAGCACUACCACUGUAAUGAAUGUGGCAAAGCCUUUUGCCAGAAAGCAGGCCUCUUUCACCAUCUCAAGAGCCACAGGAGAAACAGACCUUAUCAGUGUCUUCAGUGUAAUAAAAGUUUUAAUCGCCGUUCCACACUUUCUCAGCACCAAGGAGUUCACACUGGUACAAAACCCUAUGAAUGCAGUGAUUGUGGGAGAGCUUUUGUUUAUAACUCAUCUCUUGCUACCCAUCAGGAAACCCAUCACAAGGAGAAACUCUUCACUCAAAGUGGUCCUAGUCAGCAGCGGAAGAACCACACCAGCGAGAAGUCCUAUAAGUGCAGUAUAUGUGGAAAAACAUUUGUUCAAAAAACAAGUCUUAUAGAACAUGAGCAAAUUCAUACUGAAGAGAGACCAUAUAAAUGUGCUGAGGGUGGGAAGGCCUUUAUUCAAGUGUCAGAUCUCACAGAACAUUAGGGAACCCACACUGUGAGAAAGCCCCACAAAUGUGAUGAAUGUGAUAAUACCUUCAGACAGGAGUCAGAGCCUAGUAAGCACCCGAGAAUUCAUAGUAGAAGUGGUCCCUAAAAGUGGGGAAUUGUUCACCCACAACUCAGCUUUUACUCAGCAGACUAGUCACAAAAAAGCAAGAACUAUGUGUGAUGACUACAGGGAAGCCAUCUCAGUGUAGGCUGAUGAGCAAUAUUGUACUUGUAAUGUUUUGUGGCAACACUUCAGCCUUUGCUGCUAUAAAACUGUAAAUACUUGAUGAGCA